ACCUUUCCAUUGAUAACGAUAGCCAUUUUAAGCCAAUAUGGCCUUUCUAGGAGAGACAUGCUCCAUAUAUUCAGGCCGAAUUCUGCUAUUGUCACUGGUUAUAUUGCAGUAUGCGUACAGAGCCAACGGAGCCCUUGGUCCGUUAUGUUACGAGUGUGACCAUAUGCCCCAUCAAAGGGACUGUGGGAAGAUCGUGCGAUGUGGGAGUCACGAGAGUUGCUAUGGAUUGAAAUAUGUGACAUCCGAUUCACACGUCUUCUUUAGAUCUGGCUGUAAAGAUACAUCGACCUGUGGCGUAGGAAAACGUGAUGAUCGAACGCUUUGUAGUUCGUGUUGUAGCAAAGAUUUCUGUAACAUACAGACAUGUGAUCAACCUGUCACACUUAAACACAGAUGUCUGGCCUGUGACUAUGUGAUAAAACCAACAGACUGUGACCUAUCGAAACAGUGUGAUGAUGACGAGAUUUGCUAUACAGAAGAGGUAUACAACGUAAACUCGGAAAAACGAUUUCGUCUCGGAUGUGCGAGAACCUCAAGUUGCAGAUCGCCGCCACCCGUCCUUGUUGGAAAGCGCGGCGACAUCUCCCAGCGACAGACCAACUCACUACCACUAACAACCUCUUACUGUUCCAAGUGCUGCUCGGGCGAGAACUGCAACAGACAAUUGUGUAAUGGAACUGACACCGGUACCGACCUCCUGAUUCCUCCUGCCCUACUUGUGUGUUUUGACUACGACGAGGUAGCCUGCCGACAACUCAUCGCUAACGACCCUGCUCCGUGUUUUGACAAAAAGAUUAAGAAUAUGUUGUGUCCCCGAACGUGCGGGACAUGCACUGGGGGUGGUCCAGGCAUCGUUGUGGGGUCUACAGCAACACCGGGACAAGUACCAGGGAAGACUCCGAGCCCGGUUUCGACGGUAAAGCCAGGCUCGUGUGUGGACAUUGGUGACCGCUGUGGUAUCGAUGCUGCGACGACAACAUUGAUCUGCAAUAUCUCACCACAGUUGUGUCAAAAGACUUGUGGAAUUUGUGGAGGUUCUACGCUAAAACCAGCUUCUACGGCUCAACCAGCUCCAACAUGUAACGACCCGAUCAGUGAUUGCCAGUGUAAGUACCUGGAUGAACAGUUACACAUCUGUGACGAUCCUGACCCACAGGUGAAGAUGUUCUGUUGUUAUUACUGUAGCAAGAAGCGCCAUACAUACACGUGUCCAGACAACCAAUGUGAUACCAUAGAACAACAGGAGUUUGACAGAAUCCAGAAACUCGGUAUCAGCAUCACAUGCCACAGCGACAUCCAUAUUAAGUAGAAAUUGAUUGUUUAGUGUCUGAAAACACGAAAUAGAAUUAUUUUUAUAUACUGGGA